AACAAAACACAGCAGCAAGCACGGAAACAGGGUGUUACUUGAUGUAAACAUUACACAAUCUUAGACGUACAGAAGCGUGUGAACGAUAAUAAAGAAAAAAAAAAAAAAAACAUAAAAAAAACAACACAGUAUAAGUUGAGCACGACAUAUAUCCAUACUGGAAAAUACACAAGUUGCUGCAUAUAAUAGAUUAGGUGUUAGCGAUCCAGGGCAGUUUUUGUAGGAUGCGAUACAGUCAGAUAGACCUGGCAAAGUUCAACCUAAAGUGAAAAAGUCACCGUGACCAGAAAAGUCAGCCUGGGCUCAACUUAGACGCUACAUCACAUGUAGCACCUUGUUCGACUCUUAAUGAAUAGGACUUUCGAGAAAAAAAUGCUAGAGCACCUAACUCACUUUUGGCAAGUUGCCAGAGGAUUCUAAAUGACUAAAUGAAAAUCGAAGGGAAACGCGUAGGACGCUGGAUAAGUCAACAUGAAGUUAUAUGUGUUUCAGGUCAACAAUGGAACUACCCUAACUUUUGACACUGAACUUGCUGUACAAACUGUUGCAGACCUUAAACAUGCUAUCCAGGUCAAAUAUAAGAUUGCUACCCAGCACCAAGUGCUUGUUGUCAGUGGUGGGGAGUGCAUGGUUGCGGAUAGGCGUGUUUGCAGUUAUAGCGCUGGCACGGAUACAAAUCCCAUUUUUCUGUUCAACAAAGAGAUGAUUUUGUGUGAUCGCCCCCCAGCGAUUCCUAAAACAACUUUUUCAGUUGAAAAUGAAAUGGAGCUGAAGGUGGAAGAAUCUCUAAUGAUGCCAGCGGUUUUUCACACCGUUGCCUCAAGAACACAACUAGCUGUGGAAAUGUUUGAAGUUGCCAAGAAGCUUUGCUCAUUUUGUGAACGCCUAGUCCAUGAUGAACACCUUCAACACCAAGGCUGGGCUGCCAUAAUGGCUAACUUGGAUGACUGUGCACUCUCUUAUCAGAAGCUGCUUUGUAAAUAUGAAACUGCCUAUAACAAUUAUCAACAGAGCAUUGAUGACAUAAAGCAGAAACUUGCCAGCCUAGGGAAUGCUGUAUCUAUUAUGGCUAAUAUUCCACUCCUGGAGUGUCUGACCAGGCAUAGCUAUAGAGAAAGUUUGGAAAGACUGAGCUCACCUGCUGAGAAGGAAGGAGCAGCGGAAGAAACUGAUGAGGAAAACUCUACUGAGUCGGUGCUACACGCUGGGGAACCUAGAACUACUCCAGAAUCGUCAUCAGUUUCCAUAUCUUUGGAACAUCCAACUCAGGACUGUGCAACACAAGAAAACAAAGAGACAAACAGUAAAAGUCAAGAUGCUGUGCUGCAAGACUGUGAUCCACAAGAGAAGAGUGACUUACCAUUAUUUAAUGUUUCUUUAUUAGACUGGAUAAAUGUACAAGAUAGACCAAAUGAUGUUGAAUCUGUUGUCAGAAAGUGCUUUGACUCCAUAAACAGGCUUGAUCCAAGAAUCAUUCAACCCUUUUUGGCAGAAUGUCGGGAUACUAUUGCCAAACUGGAUAAUCAGAACAUGAAGUCUAUUAAAGGUCUUGAAGACAGGCUAUAUGCACUAGAUCAGAUGAUAGCCAGCUGUAAAAAGUUGGUAAAUGAACAGAAGGAACUAGCUCAGGGAUUUUUAGCCAAUCAGAAAAGAGCUGAAAAUCUGAAGGACACUUCUGUUCUACCUGACUUGUGUCUGAGCCAUGCAAACCAGCUGAUGAUCAUGUUAACCAAUCACAGGAAACUGUUGGAUAUUAAACAGAAGUGCACCACUGCUAAACAGGAGCUUGCAAACAAUCUGCAAGUCAGACUAAAGUGGUGUUGUUAUGUGAUGCUUCAUGCAGAUCAGGAUGGGGAGAAACUGCAGGCUUUGCUUCGUCUUUUAACUGAGCUGUUGGAGAGAAUUCGGGUGGUUGAGGCUCUUGGCACUGUUCCUCAGAUGUAUUGCUUGGCUGUAGUGGAGGUUGUGAGGCGGAAGAUUUUUCUAAAACACUACAGAGAAUGGGCCAGUGCUCUAGUAAAGGAUGGAAAGCAGCUCUAUGAAGCAGAAAAAACUAAAAGAGAUUCAUUUGGGAAGUUGUUCAGAAAAUCUUUUCUCAGAAAUCGCUUGUUUAGAGGACUUGAUUCUUGGCCUCCCACUUCAUUUUGCACACGUAAGCCUCGCAAGUUUGACUUUGAGCUUCCUGAAAUAUCUUUAGGUGAUCUGCAGUUUUUGCAGUCUUGCUGUCCUCUAGAAGUUCAGUCUUUUCUCAGGGUUCCAACACUUUGUGGCUUUGAGCCUUUACACCAGCACGUACAGGUCCUUCACCAACUGGUAAAAGCUACUCAGAGUGUGGAUGAAAUGUCACAAACCAUAACAGACCUACUGAGUGAGCAAAAGGCAUCCAGUAGUCAGCCUACUCCAAAAUGCACUGCAGUACAAAGGUCAGAAAGCACAAUAGGAGCCACAUCUACCUCUUCAAAAACUCCACCGUCACUCAGCCUUCAGGAUCCCAUAUGUCAACCUCUGAGUGUCCAUGGCCCAUUAGAAGAUUUAUCUCCAGAUAGCAUUGAUGCCCAUACAUUUGACUUUGAGACCAUUGGCCAUCCAAACAUGGAUACACUUUUAAAACAAGGAUCUCUAGACUUGGACUCCUUAACAGAAAGCCCCGAGUCAGACUUCAUGUCUGCGGUUAAUGAGUUUGUCAUUGAGGAAAACUUGACUUCUCCUAACGCAAUCAGUGAUCCACAAAGCCCUGAGAUGAUGGUAGAAUCUCUUUAUUCCUCUGUCAUUAAUGCAAUCGACAAUAGGCGCAUCCAAGAUACAACCACUUUGGAAAAGGAGAACACUGAAGUUGCAAUGUUGAAAGUAUGCGUUGAAAAAUACAGGUCAGCUGCUGAGGAAUCACAGGGCAGUUUAAAGAGCAUCAAGGAGGAUCUUUGUCAUUUUAGAGGACUGGUUCAAAAGGAGCAGAGAGAUUUUAGCUUUGCUUUAAAAUCUGUAACGGGAGAAGUAAGAAACAUAAUUGAUAAUAUUAAGUAUUCCCACAAUGAGAACUUAAAAGAAAUGUAUCAACAUGAACUACAAAUCCUUCAAAGGGAUUAUGAAGAUGAAACACAAAGAUUGAGGGAAGAAUCGGAUUUGAACCAGAAAAACCUGGAGGAAUUCAAAAAGGUGUUGGUAGAGCUGGAAGAGGGCAUCAAAAAUAAAGAAAAUGAAAUUUCUUUGUUAAAAAAUGAAAAAGACAUGUUUGUAACAUCAGAAAGUAGCAAAGAUCAAAAGCUGCUUGACUUGGAGCAAAAAAUGCUAGACCAAAACAGUGAAAUACAAGAGCUAUUGCAGUCUAAAGAGUCACUGAAAGGAGAUUUAGAAAAAGUAUAUCUUGAGUUUGAAGAUAACAAGCAAAAACUAAAGCUUGAAUUUGAGAACCUUGAAAAGUGUCACUUAAAGGAACUGGAGGAAAGGCUACAGAUCAGGCAUGCUAAAGAACUGAAUGAAUACCAAGAAAACAUAGUAAAAGAAAACCAAGAAAAGCUGCAACAAAUGCAAGAACUCCAUGCGUCAGAAGUUCAAGGAUAUGAAAAUAAACUGAAGGAACUUGAAGUCAAAGUUUCUGAGCUAUCUGAUAUGAGGUGUAAGAUAGAGGUUGAAAUAGCCCUGAAGGAAACAGAGACAGAAGAAUUAAGACUGCUUUUGGAGGAAACCAGAUCUCAGCAGCAGGAGACUGUGAGGUUCGAGGUUGAAAAAGAAACUGAGUCUUUGAGAAAAGAGAUUAAAGAUCAAAAACAUCAACUUCAGUCUAUGAAUGAUGAGUAUGAAGUUGAACUUGAGGAGCUGAGAGCUCUAAUGAGAAUUGAUAAAGAUCAUUGUAUCUCUGAGUUAGUUGACAGUCAUAAAGAAGAAACCACUCUUCUCCACUCUGAGCUAAUAUCUUUACAGAAAAAAGCUAUGGAUGUUGAAAGGGGCCUUAAAGAACAAAUUAGGCAGCUUCAGAAUGACUGUGAUAAUCAGAUUAAAGCCAAAGAGAAAGAAAAAGAAGAAAAGGAAAGAGCUUUUCAGGAGCAGCAACGACAUUUUCAUACAGUUAUAUGUGGUCUUCAGGAAGAAAAAAAACUUCUGUCAAGCAAUCUGGAGCAGGAGAAACAGACUGUUAUGCAGAUUUUAAACAAGGAAAAGGAGGAAGCCGUCAAAGCUGCCCUGGCAGAUGCCUUUAAAGACUUUGAACACCAGAAGGAGGCUAUUGAAGAAAAGCUGUUAGAAAAGGUCAAACAACUUGAGAAUCAGUUGAAAGAAAAAAGCUUUAUUGAAAGAGAGGUUUUGACAUCUAGUCAUACUGAGGCACUUGCUGGGAAACCACUAAGUAUUAAUGCAGAUCUUCAGGAAAAGUUACACGAAGAAAGGGCAUCUUUACUGGGACAACUUGAAAGGCUUGAAAAAACAAAGAACGAAGAAAUGCAGAACCUUAAAACAUCAUUGAUAGCAGAGCAGCAGACACAUUUCAAUACUGUUCUUACAAGAGAAAAAGUGAAGAAGGAACAAAUAAUAAACGAGUUAAAUGAUAAGCUGAAAAAGGCAGCACAGCAACAGGAAAGGGACAAAGAUUUGAUUGAAACUCUCUCAGAGGACAGAGCACAUUUGCUCCAGGAAAAGAAGCAGCUAGAAGAAGAACUUAACAAGAUGCGCAGCAGUUCAUUGGUCUCCUCAGCAUUCUUUUGUUCUGCUAAUCCGACUGGGGCCGAUUUGGCAGGAGCAUGUGCAGCUGAGCCCCCUGCUGACUCUGAGAGGCUGACCUCAGUUGCUGCCAUUGGGGAGGAUAGGAGAAUAGAUUCUGCAGUGGAAGCCAGCAUGAUGGCUGUACAGUAAGCAUACAUUAUAAAAACAGUGAAGUAAAAUAACACCAUUGCAAAAAGCUCUUAUUUUCCUUGUCGGUAAGAAUUAUUCCUACAGUAGCUACUGCUCAUGGGCACCAGAUACUUUUAUAGGGGCAAAACUACACAUGUACUCCCAGCAGGCACUUAUAUAGAGGCAAUUACUUGUCACCCAGAUCUUUUUUUUUUUUUUUUAAUUCUUUUUAAUGUAGUACUGGUUUAGGAGGCCUUGCAGUUUUUAUAUACAUUGUGUAAAAAUAAUGUAGUUUUAUUUUGUGAAUAUAGUCUGGAACUGAAUUUAUUUUAAAAAUAUUUCUUUAUAGUCUGAGUGUCCUAAAUAAUGUGAAUUAAAAUUCAGUAAAAACUACUUAACAUGACAGUUUUAGCAAAUCCUGCAUUUUUUGUCCAGCCAUUACAAAAAGAAAACAAAUGUUUUAGAAAUACAAAUAAAAUCUAGUUAUGUUUCAGCAAUAUAUGAAAUUAUGUAAAUGUCUAGUUUAUCUUUUUUAAUGAUUGUUAUAAAUAAUGUUUACUGAUGUAAGGUAAACAUUUACACGUUUAAAGCAAUGAAGAAGAAAACAAAAUACAGUAGGUAUCAUAAAACUUCAGAUAGCACAAGGACAGAGACUGUCAGGUUUCCAGUGCUUGGUGGGGGGAAUAAAUAAAUAAAUAAAAAUAAUUGUUGUAUUUGGCAGAAGUAAUUGAUCUCUGAUGUUUGGGUUAGGUAAUCAAUUUUUGCUGCAGUUCAUUGGGUCAGUCUAAAAGGAGGCU